GCCCGGCCGGGCGCGCCGUCUGCGUCUCGCGGUGCAGUCAAGGCUUGCUAGGUCAGUAGAGCUCGGCCGCUGCUCCCUCCUGCGUCAUGGACAUCGCCAUCCACCACCCCUGGUUCCGCCGGACCUUGGCCUUCCCCUCGCUCUUCCCGCCUCGCCUUUUCGACCAGCGGUUCGGAGAAGGGCUGAUGGAGAGCGACCUGAUGUCGGCCACCCUUUGCCCUUACUACGCGCGCUUUCCCGGCCUGCAGAUGCCGAGCGUUCCGGACUCGGGGCUGUCGGAGAUGAAGCUGGACAAGGAUAAGUUCUCUGUCUUGCUGGAUGUCAAGCAUUUUUCACCAGAGGAGUUAAAUGUGAAGGUGGUAGGCGACUACAUUGAAGUACACGCCAAACAUGAGGAGCGUCCGGAUGAACAUGGCUACAUCUCCCGUGAAUUCCACCGUCGCUACAUGAUCCCCAAGGGGGUUGAUCCAGCAGCUCUCAACUCCGCCUUGUCUCCAGAUGGGGUGCUCUCCAUCACUGCCCCUACUAAAGCCCCCGCAUUGGAACGGAACAUUCCCAUUAGUCGCCAAGAGAAGCCGGCUGUCACUGGAAAAUAAGAGGGAAGCAGCUUGGCCCAGCAUCCUUCAUAUGUUUUUCCCCAUUAGAUACCAGCAUUGUGAGCUUGCUUGUAGGUACAAGGUUGUUCACUCUUAAGCCUUUAAGGAAGUGGCAUUCCUUUCUGACCCUCCUAAUUCCUGCUGGGAUGCUGACAGCAAAGACUCGGUUGUCUUAAAAUUUCAGUCCAUAUCCUGGAGAAGAGAGGGCCAUUUUUUUUCUUCCUCUGGCUAGGAGUAUCUCUUCCUUUGCAGGCUUACUCUGUACCACUCUUCAUGUUGAACUUAUUUCCUUGUAUAAAUGCAUGUUUGCAAUAAAGUGCUUUUUGCUUAAAAGCCAAA